GCAACGUCCAUCGCCAACCAAGUUCGCAAUCCACUCCAACCGUUGACAGGGAAGACCGAAAAAAAACCAUCGUAUUGCGCAUCUGCAAGAUAGACGCCAUUAACCAACAUCAUCUCACCGUCUCAUUCCGCCGCUACCGAAUAAGCAGGGGCCGAGGCAAGAAAGAAAGAAGAACCUCACUUUUUUGACAAGGCUAUCUCCUUUUCCCCCACCACACAUAGCUGCUACCCUGCUUGUAUCCCGAGAUUUUGGUGGUAUUGGGAGAUUUCGUCGACAAGAAAGCGAGAGAGAGCAAGAGAAAGAGGGAACUGAGAUCGAAGAAAGAGAACCAGGUUGGGGGCCACACUAUUUGCAACUUUGCCGGGGCAGCAACUAAAUCAAACUAGCGGACUUGGACUUUCAUCCUGGUCAAGCGACAAGCACGGAUAUCUUGACACCAUGGACAAAGAUCUUGACAAUGCGAAUCCGACCAUCCUGAGCGCGGCCCAGAUGCCGACGCGUCAGAGCAAGCGUGAAGCACCCAAGUCGGGCCCAUUCCACAAGUUCGACGAUGUCGUCUUCGCUAAACCCUGGUACCUCUCGGAACCGUUCUGUGAUGAUGAUUCACUGUGGUCUGAGCCGGAGGCCGAUCACUCUCAGUGGACAGAAGAGCCCAUUGAUGAACAAGAAAUCUACGACUUGAUAUCAUCCAUCUCAGACCCAGAGCACCCCCUCUCCCUAGGACAACUUGCUGUUGUCAACUUGCCUGAUAUUCACAUCAGCCCUCCUCCGCACAUGGCCAUGGACCCCAACAAGUUGGUUCAAGUGUUGGUCGAGUUGACGCCAACCGUUUCUCACUGUUCUCUCGCCACAGUGCUUGGUCUGGGAGUUCGCGUGCGCCUCGAGAAGGCACUUCCUCCCAAUUGGCGGGUGGAUGUGAGGGUCAAGGAAAACGCGCACGCGCAAGACGAUCAAGUGAACAAGCAGCUCAGUGACAAGGAGCGAGUUGCUGCCGCGCUAGAGAAUGAUACCCUGAAGGGGGUUCUCGACAAGAUGCUUGAAACCUGCGUCUGAGUAGCGAAUCAAAUCUCGCAUAUAGAGGCCGGGUUCAUGCCCGUUUGAUGCGAAUCUCGACGUCUUGUCAUAUCAAAAAGCGUGACGCCGAAUAUGGCAAUGCCUCGGGACAAAAUGGUCCGCCCACCGGCUCGCCCGACCAAUCCGUCUGAUGGGGGCCCAAGUCAUGGAAUUCAGCCCUUAAAAAUAGACGAUCGACAUUCUGCACCGUUUUUUACCAAGGCGUUUGCCACUUUGGCUGGAGAAUUUAUCGGAUAUCUGCCAUGGAGAGACAACCUCUAACCCCGGCGUUUUGGUAGCUUCUCUCGAGGGAAAUUGAUCGACAGGUACACAGUGGGAAACGAUCUCCAUUUGCGCCUAAGCGCGGAUAUUGUAGCCGGUCAAAGAAACGUUACCUCGCCUCGCACCCUCCACUCCAGGGCCCUUGGGAAAGUCGGAAAACAGGGUCCCAGCGGGAUCGACUGGCAGUUCAUGACUCUUUCAACCCGCGGCAAGACUCCGAGGUAGGGCUGUGCGGGCGGCGGAAUUGUUCACACAUAUUGGCAUAGCUUGGCCUGUGUGUGUUGGCUCGUAUGUGGC